UUUUUUUUUCUCUGCCGGUGCGGAGUAGCGCGCGCAUUGGGAGCCGGAGACGCGCGUUGCGCGCGAGACUCUUAGCAUUGGCAGGCUGACGGUGACACGUGCCUCUCUCUCAACACCCCCGAGCUCCCGUGUACCGCAUUGGCAUCAGCGACGGCCACUGAAACGCAGGAGUCGAAGCUGUGCCACGGAUACAGAGAACGGAAAACCCCGCGCAAAACUGCGAACAUUCUCCUUUUACGCACUGGACAUUAAACUUGCUCUCACCCGGGAAGCGCGCAUAAGAGUUCGGCCAGAAAAAAAGAGAGAGGAGCGGGUGAGCAGGAUGCAGGCGCCAGGCAUCAUUUACGUCUGAAAGUGACAUGAACCACGGAAUUACCAAAAACAGCAGGCGUGAUUUCAGUCACAACUGGAGAUAACGAAUACGCGUCACUUCGCUUCGUGGAUGCGCAGACAAAGAACUCCGCUCACACACAAAAUUUCAUAUAUCUAGAAGAAGAAGAAGAAAAAAAUAUUUGCAGAGGUUUUUGAACAGUCUCAUUUAGAAGAGCAAUCAUGGCAACGUUAAUUAGAAGCAAGAUCUCCAACAAGCUCUCCAACGCGGCCACCACGGUCACCAAUAAGUCGCAGGCGAAGGUGAGUGGGAUGUUCGCCAAAUUGGGAUUCCAGGCCGCCACCGAUGAAGAGGGUUUGGGCUUCGCCGCCUGCGAUGAUCUGGACUAUGACCACAGGCAGGGGCUUCAAAUGGACAUCCUUAAAAAUGAUGAAAUUGGAGGAGAGGGCGGCGGGGAAAUGGGGGGAGAGGGGACGGUCGAAGGGGACAGCCAUUACCAGAGGGAUGGAACGGGUCCACCGCCCUCAGCGUCCAAAGACGGCGGAUUUUGCUCCGAAUUUGGCGGCCCGGACAAGCCAAAAAUCACUGCUUGGGAGGCAGGAUGGAACGUGACCAAUGCGAUCCAGGGCAUGUUUGUUCUUGGCUUACCCUACGCCAUUCUCCACGGCGGAUAUCUCGGACUGUUCCUCAUUAUAUUCGCCGCGGUCGUGUGCUGCUACACGGGGAAAAUCCUCAUCGCUUGCCUCUACGAAGAGAACGAAGACGGCCAGUUGGUACGAGUGAGAGACUCGUAUGUGGAUAUUGCCAACGCGUGCUGCGCGCCGCGCUUUCCCGCGCUGGGAGGCCACGUCGUCAACGUAGCCCAAAUCAUUGAGCUCGUGAUGACCUGCAUUUUGUACGUCGUCGUGAGCGGAAACCUGAUGUACAACAGCUUUCCCAACCUUCCCGUGUCCCAGAGGUCCUGGGCCAUCAUCGCCACCGCCGCUCUUCUGCCUUGCGCCUUCCUCAAGAACCUCAAAGCCGUGUCCAAGUUCAGCUUGCUCUGCACCAUCGCGCACUUUAUCAUCAACAUCCUAGUCAUCGCCUACUGUCUGUCUAGGGCGCGAGACUGGGCGUGGGACAAGGUCAAGUUUUACAUCGACGUCAAGAAGUUCCCCAUCUCAAUCGGCAUCAUCGUCUUCAGCUACACCUCGCAGAUCUUCCUGCCCUCGCUGGAGGGGAACAUGCAGAAGCCCAGCGAGUUCCACUGCAUGAUGAACUGGACUCACAUCGCUGCCUGCAUCCUCAAAGGCUUGUUCGCCCUGGUGGCUUACCUGACGUGGGCCGACGAGACCAAGGAGGUGAUUACGGACAACCUACCGUCGAGCAUCAGAGCCGUCGUCAACCUCUUCUUGGUGUCCAAGGCGCUGCUGUCGUACCCGCUGCCGUUCUUCGCCGCCGUCGAGGUCCUGGAAAAGACUUUCUUCCAAGACGGAGGGCGCGCGUUUUUCCCGGACUGCUACGGGGGCGACGGGCGGCUCAAGUCGUGGGGUCUUUCGCUCCGCUGCGCCCUAGUCGUGUUCACAAUGCUCAUGGCCAUUUACGUGCCCCACUUCGCGCUCCUCAUGGGUCUGACGGGCAGUUUGACGGGCGCGGGUCUGUGCUUCCUCCUCCCCAGCCUUUUUCAUCUCAAGCUGCUGUGGAGAAAGCUCUUGUGGCAUCAAGUCUUCUUCGAUGUGGCUAUAUUUGUAAUCGGGGGUAUAUGCAGUAUUUCUGGGUUCAUUCAUUCCGUUGAGGGUCUCAUCGAGGCGUACAAAUACAACAUUCCGGAUUAGUUCGGAACAUGGUAGUUUGGUUAUAAGUGUUACAACGCAUCCCACAUAUUGACAACCAAACCAAUAAGUCCCCCCAACCCCCUCCCCCGAAAAAAUAAAAAAUAAAAAAAUUCCCAGGUUCAUUCAUUCAAGCGUCUGCAAAUAAGACAUUGACAUACAAUAAAUAAAUCAGUUUGCAAUUCAAAUAUGAGAAAUGCCUUGGACAACAACGCGCGUUACAAAUAGACACCAGAGCAAAACAUUUAUUUUUGUUGUUAUGAACGAGUUAAUGGUUUACAUGAGAAUUUAUUUCAGACUGGAUUUGGCCCGACUCCAAAUCGAGGAAGAAAUCAUUUCACCUAACUGUUAAAAAACGCGUGGAUCUGAGUGGAAGACAUUCAGCAAUGCUGUGAGAGUGGAAGUCUCCUGUCUCCGGGCUUUACGAUCUGCAAUACACGGUUAAGAAGAAAACAAAAACAAAACUAAAGCAAAUUAAUUACAGGGGACCAACGUCAUGGCAAUAAAAAACACACUAGAGUAUGUAGUCACCUUAAUGUGUAAAACAAAUUUAUGGAUUUUCCGAAAUUCGUUCUGAAGACACAUAUAAGUCUUAUUUAUUAUUACAGUUUGCAUUUACUUAACCAAAAUGGAGGGCGAGAUAGAUAAUAACAAAGGCAGCCUAUAAUGGACGGUGAAUAGAAGUACUUUAACUAUGCAUUUUGAACGUUAUGAUGUCCAUGCAGUAUUAGAGAUAUUCUGGUCAAUCUGAAGAAAAAGAGGGUGUUGUUCACACAUGAGAAUUUCGUUUCAAUUGCUCUCUAUUCGUUUACCAGAAAACAGCGUAUUUUUACAUCGAAAAAUGAAGAGUCGUUGAAGACAAAGAAGAGGAAAACGGCUAGUCGGAAAUUCCAGAAGAAAUUAUGUAUGACCAUGGAAAAUAUAAAACAACCCACCAACUCAAAUCACUAAAUUCGACUUCUGAGCAUUGCGUUGUUUAUCAGAUAUCAAAUGUCGUAAUUUAAAACAAUUAAUAAUGGUCAUGUUCCCCUCAGUGAGAUUUAUUUAUAGCGUCGUUGGAUCGAAAUCAAGUCGAAAUAAAGGGACUUGCAUAAGACUUUUUUUUUUGUUUUCAUUUUGUGCAAUCCAAUGGGUGCUGUGGAAAUGUUAUAAAACCGUAUGUGUUGUGUUUUUGUGGUUUAAAAGAUGGAAUGUAUAUCACAAAAUCGUUAUCAUAUAUCGUGAAAAUGAAUAUAUUGAAGAAUAAAGAAACGCGUGAAAUUA